GAAGACAAUUAACAUUAUUUCUAGUUUAUUUCUAGGCCAUUUUUAUUGUUUUGUCUUAACGAUAUUUGUUGCAGGGGUCGAAGCAGCGGAGGUCUUUCCCUUUCUAAAAGAAAAAAAAAGAAGAAGGGGGAGAGAGAAAGAAAGGUCUACACAGGAAAAAAGGUGGUCCCACUCCGAAAACACCGUUUCCAAGCAGGCGGUCUCAACUUUUUCUCUCCCGUAUCGUGUCUUCGCUAAAAUGAUACAAAUCCAUUAACAAGCUUUACUUUUGGACUCAGCAUGUUCAUGUUAGCAGUCACUGGAAGUUUGUGUUUUUGGACUGAAGUUUUAUAAAUCUGACGUAAAAUGGAGAGAGGAGCUGAAUUUGGGCUGAGGAGGCUGGCCCUGGGAAUCUCGCCUUCUUCUUACUCCCUCCAUCGGCUGUAAGAAAACCCUUCUCGAGAUCAACAGCAAAUUUCUCAUCGCCUCUUAUUUGGACAGUACUAAGGUUGAAGUACUGAGGUUCAUUGUUGAAGUGAGUGUGGGGCUGGAAGUUUCCUCUUGUGGCAUUUGCCGGUGUGACUCUGCACCGUGCACAGAUUGGAUAUUGCCUGUGAGAUGAGGAUGUGCUGUUGGCAACAGGAAGGAAGGAUUUUGACGUGAUGGGGUGCAGGACGAGUAAAGUCCUCCCAGAGCCACCCGCUGAUGUCCAACUAGACCUAGUCAAAAAGGUAGAACCACAUCAGACCGAUGUCUAUAAAAACUUUAUCAGAUGUGACGGUGGGGCUGAGAAAACGCCAUCCCCUCAGGACCAAUGCCAGGCUGCGGCAAAGGUGAGUCAAUCUCCUCCUCCGGCUAACGGCCAGCCGGAGCCGGCUGACCCACACCGAAAGAAAGUUGCCAAAUACAGGGCCAAAUUUGACCCUCGAGUGACCGCUAAGUAUGAUAUCAAAGCUUUGAUAGGUCGGGGCAGUUUCAGUCGGGUGGUACGAGUGGAACACAGGAGUACGCGGCAGCCGUAUGCCAUCAAGAUGAUCGAGACCCGUUACAGAGAGGGCAGGGAAGUGUGCGAAUCCGAACUCUGCGUCUUGAGACGCGUGCGGCACACCAACAUCAUCCAACUGAUGGAGGUGUUUGAGACGGCCGAGCGGGUUUACAUGGUGAUGGAGCUGGCCACUGGUGGAGAGCUGUUUGACCGCAUCAUCGCCCGUGGGUCUUUUACAGAAAGGGAUGCUACACGAGUGCUGCAGAUGGUUCUUGAUGGGGUAAAGUACCUCCACAUGCUGGGCAUCACGCACAGGGAUCUAAAGCCCGAAAACUUACUUUACUAUCAUCCUGGUGCUGAUUCUAAGAUCAUGAUCACAGACUUUGGCUUGGCCAGCACAAGGAAGAAAGGAGAUGAAUGUCUGAUGAAGACUACCUGUGGAACACCCGAGUACAUCGCUCCUGAGAUUCUCGUUCGCAAGCCAUAUACUAAUGCAGUAGACAUGUGGGCACUGGGAGUCAUUUCGUACAUACUGCUCAGUGGUACCAUGCCUUUUGAGGAUGACAAUCGCAUGCGCCUCUAUCGACAGAUCCUCAAAGGGAAAUACAGCUUCUCGGGGGAGCCAUGGCCAAGUGUUUCCAACCUCGCUAAGGACUUUAUCGACCGUGUCCUCACAGUGGAUCCUAAUGAACGGCUGACUGCGGGCCAGGCACUUAAACACCCUUGGAUUGUCAGCAUGGCUGCUUCCUCCUCCAUGAAGAACCUGCAGCGAUCCAUUUCCCAGAACCUCCUGAAGAGAGCCUCAUCACGCUGUCACAGCACCAAGUCGGCCCAAUCCACUCGCUCCAGCCGCUCCACCAAAUCUAGCAAGGCGCGACGCGUUCGCGAGAAAGAGCUGAGGGAACUCAACCGAAGAUACCAGCAGCAGUUGUAAUGGUUGACAAUAUGUUUCCUACUAGUUCAGACAAACAGUGGAGAGCGUUGGAGAGCGCAGAGCAACACUGCAUCUCGACUAAGAUGUCAACUUCCUCAUCACGGAGCCAAUUAGAAGAAAACUUCCUUUUGAAACUUUCAUACGUUUUCUCUUUUUCUGCUGUUUCUCUUGUUUAUUACCUGUGUUUUAUUUAUUUAUUGUUGGUGUAUUUUCAUUGUCAUGUUGUCUUUGAAAUUGUCUCAUUCAUCCUUUUAUCUGAUUGUAUCUGUUGAACAGAAUUUUUACUUUGCUGGAAGGACUGAGAAUACAUGUUGACUGUUCCAGACCUUCCUGAUUUUUGCUGUGAAUUAUUUGUUUUGGUACACUGUCAAAAAAAAUUCCCAAGUUGUCACUUGUGUGGUACUCUUUAAAAAGGUCCUAAUAUGUACCAUUUACACACAUAUAUGUAUACAUUUGGUACCAAUAUGUACCUUUGUUGUACUAAUAUGCACUCGUUGGUACCAAUAUGUGUUUUUGAGGUACCAUUAUGACCUCUUUAGGUGCAAUGGUGUACUUUUUGAAAGGGUACCGCCCCGGUGACAGCUAGGGACCAUUUUUUCUGACAGUGUAUCCACAAAGUCAGUUGCUCUUCUGAGAGGGGAAAUGUGCUGUUUAUGCAUUAUUGAAAAUAAAUCAAAUGGCCUUAGAAAAGUAACCAUGCAGAUCACAUUUAUAAGGACAUUGCUAUCUCUUGAUAUCAAGGGGCUACAAUUGUUUCUCUUGUGCCUUCAUUUUGUUACAUUUUUUCUGCAACCCAGCUAAUAUAGACAUCAAUGUUAAAGUAAUAGUCUACUCAUUUUCAAUAUUAAAAUAUGUUAUUACCUUAACUAAGAAUUGUUGAUACAUCCCUCUAUCAUCUGUGUGCGUGCACGUAAGCGCUGGAGCGCGCUGCGACGCUUCGAUAGCAUUUAGCUUAGCCCCAUUCAUUCAAUGGUACCAUUCAGAGAUAAAGUUAGAAGUGACCAAACACAUCAACGUUUUUCCUAUUUAAGACGAGUAGUUAUACGAGCAAGUUUGGUGGUACAAAAUAAAACGUAGCGCUUUUCUAAGCGGAUUUAAAAGAGGAACUAUAUUUUAUGGCGUAAUAGCACUUUUGGGAGUACUUCGACUCGCCUGAAAAGUCCGCUCCCCUUCUCACUCUCAUAAUGGGAGAGGGAGGGUGUAACUGCGCCGAAUUUUAAUAUUGAAAAUGAGUAGACUAUUCCUUUAAUAUCCGUUGGUAAAAGAAAGAAAAUUUAAAUCUAAAGAAAAUUAUUUUAGUAAAAUAGUUUAAGACUCUUAAGUCUCAAGAUUUGGUUAGUGAAAAAUUUACUAUGCAAUUUAAACUUUAAAGUUUGUUAGCAGAAUUGUGGCAGUCACCUUGAGGAUGAUUCAUGACUUACACUGUUGGAUCUGUCUUAACAUGCAUCCUGGUCAUUUAUCAUACUAACUAAUAUUGAUCACUCUGUGACAGUGGGUGGCUCAGUGGAUGAGAAGGCCGAGCUGUAUGCUUUGGUUUCUUUAUUGACCCCAGUUAUUUUUCCUUGAAUAAGCCACUUGAACCACCAUGAGGGCCUUGUGACAGCCUUUAAAUCUCACCCCCCUCUGUUAAAAAAGAACAGAGAUAUGCCAAAGACAUUCUCAUGUGCCUAUAUAAAAAAGAACCAUUUGGGGAGAAAUUACUUCUCAUAAAAAUUUAUACUGUUAAAACUGUGAUAAUAUUGAGAAUUCUGGAAGUAUAUGUUUUAAAUAAAUCAGUUUUUGUGUAGUUUUAUAAAAAUAGCAAUAUUUUGGAUAUUUGUUUUAAUAACAGUAUUUGACAAAAGAAAUACUUAAAACUUUGUUUUCUUUAACAUUAUUUCACAUCUAAGCUUGCAUAAUUCUCAAACAAACUUGAGAAAAUAAUGUAUUUUCUUCUUUUUUGUUAUGUUUAUUAAUUAAAUUCAACAGUUUGUAAAAUAAUUUUAAGUAUUCUGGGUUGUUUUUUCUAAGUUUAAAAAUUAUUAGAAAUUUAAAACACAUUUAACAUCAGGUCAUUUAUGAGUGUAAGGUCCAUCAUAUACAGUACAUUUUUCUUUCAACAAAAUCCACUAGAGUGCCUUGGUGUCAUAAAUGACUUUGGGUAAUUAUUAUUAUUAUUAUUUUUUGGGAAGACCACUGUUGUUAUGUCUCUAUACCCCAAAUAGUUUUUCUUACGAAAAGUGUUAUUUUAGCCUAUAAGUGUCUGUUUUAUUCGAUUUACUAUUGAGUCAAAUUGAAAAUGGCAAUGAAAUGCUCUUAAAAGUGCAAAAAUAAGUUUGAUGUAGUCUUUUAUCAACAUGCAUGUAAUGUGUGUUUGUAGCUACAGUUGAAAUAAAACUUCAACUGUUGUUGGUUUAUUGAGUUAAAUCCAACAAUGUCUUUUGAAAAGAUUGUUUUUGUCUUUUUUUAAUGAAUUUUUAUAGAAAUGUUCAUCAACUUUUUCACCCAAAAUAGUGAAAUCAGUAAUAUUUUGUAAAAUGCUGGAAUUAAAUAAUACAAAAACAAAUUUCCUGACAUGUCUGCACAUGCCUUUAACCCUUUCACCACCAAAUAUCAAUGUAAUCUGCUUUCAAUCUGGUGUAGCUUGACAAUUCAAAAUGUAAUUUCUUCUGUAUUCUUCCAGCUGUAUGUAAGGCUAACUCAUAUUUCCACAUGUGCAGCAUUUACGUCAUGAUUUGUGUUUAUGUGACAAAAUAGUAAAGGCAGUCUGCCCUGCUGAAAAUAACAAUAAAACCAUUACAGAAAAUUCUAAUGGUUUCCAUUAAAAUACCAAUAGGAACCAUUAGCUUUUACAAUUAAAUCCACUACACUGUAGUGUGUUUUGGGCCAUAUUCCAUUAGAACCAAUACAUAGAACCAAUACAUACCAUUAGAGAACAACAAAAACUAAUACACUAUAGUGUGUUUUGGGCCAUAUUCCAUUAGAACCAAUAAAAUUCCCAAUAAAACCAUUAGAAUUUUCUGUAAUGGAUUUAUUGUUUUUUUUUCAGCAGGGUGAGAAAGUGGACAAGUCUGUUUUCUCUGAAGCAAAAUGUUAAAAGUUUUUUUUACAUUAAGAU